CCCUUUAUUUUAUAAUAAUAUAAUAAUAAUAAUAAUUGGAUUCUAUCUUUCCACGAUAUUAGGUAAGCCGCACAUCUCUCUCGGCGGCGUUCUCAGUUGCUCCGAUUUCCAUUAGGUAUUGAUUCGAUCAGGGAAUUGAUGGCAUCCAAACGCAUCCUCAAGGAGCUUAAGGAUUUACAGAAAGAUCCUCCCACCUCCUGUAGCGCUGGCCCUGUUGCCGAGGAUAUGUUCCAUUGGCAAGCUACAAUUAUGGGUCCCGUUGAUAGCCCAUACGCAGGAGGAGUGUUCCUGGUUUCCAUUCACUUUCCACCAGAUUAUCCAUUUAAGCCCCCUAAGGUUGCAUUUAGGACUAAAGUCUUCCACCCAAAUAUUAAUAGCAAUGGAAGCAUAUGUCUGGAUAUUCUUAAAGAACAAUGGAGCCCAGCACUAACCAUUUCCAAGGUGCUGUUAUCUAUUUGCUCCCUGUUGACGGACCCAAACCCAGAUGAUCCACUUGUACCUGAAAUUGCUCAUAUGUACAAGACGGACAGAGCAAAAUACGAAGCAACUGCACGCAGCUGGACUCAGAAGUAUGCAAUGGGUUGAUAGUGAUAGAUAGCCCUGCAAUUGAGAAAGGGAAGAUGGAAAUCUUAUGGUUCCAAUGUCCAUUUAUUUAGGCUGAAGAAAAGGAAUGUCGUAGAAUGUUGUUUGUGGUUAUGUUUUGAAUGAGAGAUUGGAAGUCGGGAAGAAACGUAAUAACCAUCUUGUGAAUAUUUGUUUCCUGACUUUGGGAGGAAGUGAAAAUCUGUAAUUUAAUGUUACGGUGCCUGUCAGAAUGGAUGCUCUGUUUCAAUAUGUUGUUGGAGUUGUUGAAUAUUAGACAAUUAAUGGUCUUGAAUUAU